GUUAGCAUCAACGCUUAGUUUACCCCAGUAUUCAAACAAAUGGCACAAAUUGUGCCGUGUAUGACGCCAGUUUGGCAAGAACGCCAAGACAAUACAGAUGAAUCAGAUUCAACUUCUCAGAUCCCUCGAGUCUUACCUGCCAGUAUCACCGACUUUAUUGAGUCACAUCAAAAAGAGCAAAGCCAUACGCCAUCUGGCAUUCAUGACAACGACAGCGACCGAGUCAGCAUUGAAAGCUACAUUCUCAUGGACCGCGAAACUCGCGAAAGUGAUUCAGAAUCUGACUCAGACUCUUGCUCAUCACUUCAGCGUCCCACUAGCAUAUUCAACCUCUCUAUUGCAGGCUCUUUGGCUCUAAAUUCUGUUUCCUUGAAAAGUAUUUUUAAUCCUUCUCAAAUUUUAGCUAGUGAAGAUAUCGAGCCUGCUAUAGCAAGUAUCGCUGCAAUAAUUGAAAAGCGUGUAUCACUGGCUGAGAUUUACAAAGAGGAUGCAGAAACGAAUCUACCCGACCAUUUAAAAUCCAUUCACACUAUGCCUAGAGUCAAAUCUGGUGGUGUGGUAAGUCGUCCCGCUUCUAUUCUUUCAUUACCAAAAGUUGUCGCUGUUGAACUAUCUCAUCCGCCUAUUCAAGGUCAAUCCAUUCACACUCAGCAAAACCUAAAAGAAAUUCAAACUGCAUUGGAUUUGUAUUCUACACGUGUGAAUCAUGAAAAGGAAACUUUUUCCAACACCUCUUCCACAGACGAGUUUGAUCGUAUUAUGAAUAAGAUGGAUCGGGAAGAUUUGUACGAUCAACAACGGUGUGUGUUGCAUAGUCCUGAAAUAAGAAAAAGUCAGGAAAAAGUAGAUGUUCAUGAGUCGCAAGACUUGCCUGUGCCAAUCGAGUCGGACCAAAUAGGUUCUAGUGAAAAUUUUCGCUCUGUUCGUAUAAAAAAUCUACCCAGUCAAGACAUUUAUCCAUCAUCACGUCGCAGAAGUAUGUCGUUGGAUUCGUCUAAAUGGAAUGUGCUGAAAAUGGUAUCGGCUAGUCAUGCUUAUGGGGAUCAUCACGCACUACCACAUUCUAAAGGCGGUAUUUUAAAAAAACUGUUUCAUCAUAAACAAGAUUCUUCAGAAGAUUUGCAAUCUACAGAGCUUGGGUCAUCCUCCAACAGACAGGAUCAAGAACUGCCAUCCAAGUCAAAACACGACAAAUUUUUGAUGAUGGAUACUGGAAACGACAAGGCGUUGGAUCGAGAUAGUAAUGGAUCUUAUCAUACACCAAAUCAUCCACAUCCUCGCGAGCUUCAUUACAGAGUAGAUGUGUAUGGGCAAAAAAUGGAUUCGCAAGGAAAACAAUCACCAAACAAUCACGCAAGGGAAUACAUGUCCUACAAUGAAGCAGCAAAUCUACAGUCUGGCAUAGAGUCACUACCAUCAUUUACUAGUCCAGUUCAAACACCGUUAGAAACGCAUUUAGCAUCAUCUUCACGUCACCACGACUCUAUAUUUAACAAGCUUUUUCAUAUUUUACACCAUCGUCGUGGAGAUGCUGAUGAUGACAGCGAUGAAGAAGGAUCCACAGCAAGUGGAGACAGACAUCGAGAAAAAGAAUCGGAUGGCAUAUUUGGUUGGGGAGGAGGUAAAUCAAUUUUAAAACUUACCUCACCAGAACUUAAACCAACCCUAUCUCCACAUCCAGUGCCUGAAUUUGAAAGCAUCGAUGUGUUGGCUGAACGUUCAAAUCAUCACGAACAUUUUCACGGUUUUAAUGGUCAAAAUGACCAUUUUAGUAGUGGAAGCUUACGUUCAUCAUCAGGUGCUUUGGGAGUAUUAUCUGCUCGGAUUUCAUCUGUGAAUCAUACUCCACCAUUAUAUCGUCCACCACCCAUAUCAACCCAUUAUCCAACAUCAUCAGGUGUAUCUCCAGUUCAUGGUUCACGAGAUAUUUAUACAUCACCAGAAAUUGAAAUUUCCCCAGCACAUGGAGAAACAGCAUCCCGUGCUCCUUUACCAAACCAUGACGCAUUGUCCACACCCAGUCCAUUUGGAUUUAUGAAACCAAAACAUGAUCGACGAACACGUGAGCGAAGCGAAACCGAAGGAAGCUAUAGCAUAUUCCGCGAGUUACGUACUACCAUCAACCACCGUAAAGGUGGAUCUCAUCAAAUGGGCAUCCGAGGAAUAGAUGAUCACGACACACUAGCACUAAACAAUGCUCGAUCCUCUUCCAAGCAUGUUUAUCGAUCAGGAUCAGAAAUGUCCUUGAUUGAAAAGUACGGCAAACCCGACGAGGUUUUGGGAAAAGGUGCCAACGCAACGGUUCGACUG